AUGGCCCACCAGUACCCCGACCUCAGAGACCGUCCUGUUAAGGAGACUAUUUGUCUCUUUGAUGUUGACGGGACUCUCUCACCUGCUCGACGGCAUGCGAGCCCCGAGAUGCUGGAUAUUCUGGCAAGACUGAGACAAAAGAUCGCAAUCGGCUAUGUUGGCGGUUCAGAUUUCUCCAAACAAGAAGAACAGCUAGGCAGUCCCACGGUUCCUGUCACCGAUGUCUUCGAUUUCUGUUUCGCCGAGAAUGGCCUCACAGCCUAUCGACUUGGGGAGAAACUACCUUCCACCUCGUUCAUUAGUUGGAUUGGGGAAGAGAAAUACCAGAAGUUGGUCAAGUUCAUCUUGAAAUACAUCGCAGGGAUCGAAGGUCUCCCAGCCAUGCGUGGAACUUUCAUCGAGUUUAGAAAUGGCAUGAUCAAUGUCAGUCCGGUCGGUCGUAACGCCAGCCAAACUGAGAGGAGCGAGUUUGAGGCCUGGGACAAUAAGACUCAGACUCGCGCUAAGCUUAUUGAGGCGAUCAAGAAGGAAUUCCCCAACCUCGGACUCACGUACUCCAUUGGUGGUCAGAUCUCAUUUGAUGUCUUCCCUACCGGAUGGGACAAGACGUACUGCUUGCACCAUAUCGAAGCCGAAGCCGACCCCACAAAAGGAUUGUCUGGUGUACAUUAUAAGAAUAUCCACUUCUUUGGUGACAAGGCAUUUCGCGGUGGUAAUGACUGGGAGAUCUACCAAGACUCACGAACUAUUGGGCACGCUGUCAAGGACCCAGAUGAUACAAUCAAACAACUGAAGGAACUGUUUGACGUUUGA